CAUUGAUACAUCCUGGUUUUCUUCGUACCUCCAUGGUCACACCCAGUCAGUCUCUAUCUCCUCUCCUUCCGGCACCAGAGUGGUCUCGAAUCCCCUUCCUAUCACCACGGGAGUGUUCCAGGGAUCCGUCCUUGGUCCUCUCCUAUUCACCAUCUUCUCCAACGACCUCAGCCUACACGCGCCGGACGCCCAUGUGACCCAGUACGCUGACGACACCCAAAUCCUGAUGUCCGAUGUCAAAGCCAAUCUUCCUGACCUCAUCCAACGCAUGGAAUCUACCCUUUCCGCUUUGUCUGCUUGGUUCCAUGCCCAUGGUUUAAAACUCAACGCAUCCAAAACUGAAAUCCUUCUCCUCGGCACCCGUCAGAACACCCGUAACCUCCCCCCUGUCAGCGUACGGGUCGGUGGCGGGACCGUCCAGGAGAGCCGGACAGUUAAAAACCUAGGCGUGCUAUUUGACCGUCACUUGAGUUGGGACGCACACGUCAGUGACGUGGUUCGCCACUGUACCGGCCUCCUGAUCGGUCUCCGCCACUUGAGGCAUUUCCUCCCGCAGCACGCACUGAAAACUAUUGUUGAGGGGUUGGUCAUCUCGCGCGUGAGAUACUGCAUAUCCGUUUACGGAAACUGUUCUGCCGACAACUGUACCAGACUUCUCAAAAUUAUUAACUUCGCUACAAGAGUUAUUACCGGCCUCAAAAAGUACGACCACGUGUCUCGCGCGCGGGAUGACCUGCACCUCACAUCGGCCUCUGACAUGUACCGGGUCGCGGCGGUGACCGUCGCGCGCGGUGCCAUUGCGCGCGGUGAGCCGACCGUCCUCGCCUCGCUGUUCACCACGAACGCGGGGUCGCGGGCCAGUGGUGACCGCACCACCCGGAACGACCGCCGCCUACGGCCACCGGUUACACGCACUGCGGCUGGGCAGCGUGCCUUUUCAUACCAAGCGACGGCGCUUUUAAACCAGCUGCCAGCUGCCCUUUUAGACCUCGAUCCCGGCAGUUUCAAGAGAGCAGUGAAGGCGUUCUUCUGAUGGACUGACGAGUGGCUGUGAUUGACGGAAGUGUGGUUGCAUAUGGAGUGUGUGUGUCUGUGUGCGUGGCGAGUGUCUGGUAUAUGUAUAGGUGUGUGAUUUGACUUUUUAUUGUCUUUUACCCUGACGUAUGUUUUUUUUUUUUUUUUACUCGCAAUGACUUUAGACACGGAAUAGCCACAGUGUAUGUGGAGUGUCUGCCUAUUGUAGGGGUCCGGCGCCGCCGCCGCAAGGAGCCGCCGCCUGGCGGACGACCGCGGGACUAGACCCAGCUCGGGUCAGCGGAGCGGCCGGCGGCGCCGGGCAGUCAGGCGUCCGCCCUGACCGGGAGAAGAGCUCACGGGACGUGCGUCGGCUGCCGCGGCAAAUACAAGGAGUGGUUCGGUGAACGGUGUUGUGUCGGUGGACGGCGGAGCGUAACAUCUGGCGCGGUCGGCAGGACCCAAGAACCGUGGCAUCGCGGCAACACACGAAGCACUGAUCGCACUCUGUCUCAGGUGAGAAAAAGGUCGAGUGAGUAAUUUUUCUUAUUUCUCUUUUCAUCGGGUUUGUUCCCCCAUUACGUACAUUUGUGCCAGCCGGCGUGUAGCCGCAGCACGUGCAAAGCAAUAUAAACGUUUUUGACCAUAUUUUUUUUUCUGCGCCCUAUCCACUGUGUUCCUAUCCUGCCGUAUCGGAGUGGUCGGCAUUCGCCCGCAGCUUCAGCGGUAUCCCGCUAGCAUAGGAAACCAUGGACACUAAACUACUUAUUUUGACCAAAACUAAACCAUUUACCGGGACGCAUGGGCAAAAUUGGAACCAAUGGAUGAGUCGAUUCGAGGCGCAAACAGCCACGUUUUCUGACGCUGACCGCAUUCAGUGCCUCGCGGCGCUACUCGAGGAGAAAGCUCUCGACUCUUACGCAUCGCUCCCUGAAAAGGAUAAAGCCAGCUAUGCAAAGAUUAAAGAAUCUUUGGCGGCGCGUUUUGGGACCGACGUCGGGAUUCUUCAGGCCCAGGCGGAAUUAGCUGGCGCUAUGCAGGGGCCAGGGGAGUCCGUAGCGGAUUUCGCUGACAGGAUCCGUCUGUUGGGUCGUGCCGCCUACCCGAAGGUAGGUGACGGCGAUGUGUCGGUACAGUCGAACCUAACAAGUCGAUUUCUCUGCGGACUGCACGACGAGCGGCUGCAGGAUCAGUUGUGUGGCGAGGAUCUACGCACACUGCAGGCCGCCGUCGACAAGGCCAGUGCCCUACACAAACGUCGGGCGACCCUCGGCGCAAUGAGGCAGGCCGCAGCUGGGAUGCGAUCAGUGGCGGCUGCGGCACCGGUCUCGGUAGACUGCGCCGCGGUUGGCCGGGUUCAGGGCGGAUCGGGAGACCCGGCAAUGGGAGGAAGCGGCAUCUGCCCGCCCUCCCGCUCGCUGGAGACCUCGUCCUCUGGUCCUGUGGUGGAGAGAAGCGGCGUUUGGCCGCCCAACCAGCCACCGGAGACCCCGCCCUCCGGAGUCGUCGGCCGAGCUCGCAUGGAGAGCGACGGACUGUGCCAGGAGACGUGGCAUCCAAUGCAGUAUACCGGUCCAGAGGCGGCAUUCGGUGCGCUCCCGGCCGUCCGUCCUUCGAGCCACGGAGAGUUUUUCGGCCCGCUGGUUGCGCUCGAGCGUCGUCUCGACGCAAUUCAGCGGACGGUGAGUGAACUCCAGGCCGGCGGCCAGCAGGGUAAUGCCGUCAUGGGCGGUCGAGCUGGUAUGGGUGGUCGAGCUGGAAGAGUACCGGGAGCGCCCCAGAACGCCGGGGAGAGGCCGGGAAGUCGACGAGGUCGCUGCUGGACGUGCGGCGAACAGGGCACCCACUAUGCCCGCGAGUGCCCACACUCGGGCGAACGUACCAACUUUCGCCGAGAGCAGCCGUUCUGCCUGGGAUGUGGGGGGAGUGGCCACUGGAUGGUGGACUGUCGCAGGCUGGCGGGUACCGCUGCUCCUCGGGAAACAGACCCCGCCACACCGCGAAGUAGUCUCCCUGCCCCGUUGUCCGGCCCGUCGGGAAACUGUUAA